AAAAAAAGAAGACAAAAGGACAGAACUGGUUUAUGUAUGUGUGAACUGGGACUGCCUGGUACUGACCGUCUCUGCACCCAAGAGAAUUCCUGCUGCCUCCAAUCAAUGUAUUUAACACUGGUUCCUAGUGAUGAGGUGGCUCUUAUAUUGGAUUCUAGCAGCAAGCAGCAUUGGUCAGGUCCUUUUACAAAACACCACCACAAUGCCGCCUGUCCUUGCUGUCUCAGAAGAGUACACUAGGAUCCAGUACUGCAAAUGGCCGUGCGAGUGCCCUCCAGACCCGCCUGUGUGCCUGCCCGGCGUCAGCCUGGUCACAGAUGGUUGUGACUGCUGCAAGACAUGUGCAAAACAAUUGGGGGAAAACUGUACGGAGGCCGAUACAUGUGACACCCAUAAGGGGCUAUACUGUGACUACAGCAGGGACGCGCCUAGGUACGAAGUAGGUGUCUGUGGACAGAUGACUGGAGUUGGUUGUCUUCUCAACGGCGUGCGGUACGUCAAUGGCCAGAGCUUCCAGCCAAACUGCAAAUUCAACUGCACUUGUGUGAAUGGGGAUAUAGGAUGUGUCCCUCUCUGCAUGAACUCCCGCCCCCCACUGGUGUGGUGUCAAAACCCCAAACGUGUCAAAAUGGCGGGGAAAUGCUGCAAGGAAUGGAUAUGUGACGAUUCGAAGAGGUUUAGAAAAGCAUCUCCACGACACAUUGCUUCCCCAGUGUACGGGGGAGAAAGUGAAUCCUGGCACAAUAACUGUAUUAUUCAGACCACUCCGUGGAGUCCAUGUUCCAAGACGUGUGACAUGGGAAUAUCUACGCGGAUAUCCAAUGAUAAUGACAAGUGUAAACUGCUCAAGGAAAGUCGUCUCUGUAACAUGAGACCCUGUGAAGUGGACAUUAUGCAGCAUUUUCGGCCAGGUAAAAAAUGUCUGGCCGUUUACCGGGAAACUGAACCCAAAAAUUUCACUAUUUCCGGCUGCGUGAGUAAGAAAGCUUACAGGCCCAAAUACUGUGGCGUGUGCACGGAUGACAGAUGCUGCACUCCUUACAAGUCUAAGACCAUCAAAGUCGAGUUUGAUUGCCCUGAUGGGACCGGGGUCUCCUGGGACGUCAUGUGGAUCAACGCUUGUUUUUGCAAUCUGAACUGUAGGAGACCAAAUGACAUUUUUGCAGAUCUGGAAAGCUACCACGAUUAUACAGAAAUUAUGAACUGAUGAUGAAGAAGAGAUGAUGAAGACCGGGGUGUCCUGUAUGAGCCAGGAUCCCUAUGUUGAUACUGGUGCUAUACCGUUAAAGUGCAUUAAUGCGUCUCAGGGUGAGAUGUGACUUGUUAUCAUUUACUUUCUAUAUGAAGACGUAAGAGAAGGCUCCCGUUCUCGCCUUUUAUUUCCGUUACACCAAACCUUUUAAACAAAACUAGGCCGAUUAGGUCGGAGUUUCAUUCUUUUUAAGAGUAAGAACCAACAUCACGGUUGUCAACUCAGAAUUUCCAGAGUUAGGCCUCUUGCACACGACCGUAUGGCUUUUUCAGUGUUUUGCGGUACGAUAUAAACGGAUCCGUUUU